UCUCGUUUCGCCUUGAAAUGCUAUAAAAUAUGUUUUUUUUUUCAAUAUUUCCAAUUUACAUGUAUACGUAAUUUUAUAAUCUACCUCGUGCUAUUCAAUUUGUGAUAUAUGUAACCUACAAUACAUACAAAAACUCUAAUAGAAGUUAUACCUUAUUCAAAGUGCCAAGUUGUUUUUAAAAACGUCGAUGUCCAUUACACUCCAAAUUUCCGUAAGUUUAAUUUUUACGUACCCGGUGUUGUUGUUAGACCAUUGGUACACGUGUACAAAACCUGAUGUUUACUCUUAUUACACAAAGGACUAUGGCCAGAUCUGUCGAAGACAUGGAUAUACUGAACUAAACGAGUCAGACUUGGACAUUUCUGUUACUAAUUCGUAUGAGGAUGAAGAUAUGGCAAGUAACUCAGGAUUGAAUGGAUUGUAUCGGCCCAGAAGUGCACUGGCCCGAGCCUUGUAUGAGAAACAACAGAAUGAUAGACACCUGCAAGAGUUUGAUCAGAAUGAGUGGUAUCGAGUCGACAAAAGCCGUUUGAGCCCAGAGUUACAAGAGAAGUUUGUCCAGCUUGAACCCGACCAUGAGACGAAGGAAUUCCUCUCAUCCUCGAUUGAUAAAUCCUCGUGGGUGUGGACGCAGAUCUGGUACCUGCUGGCUAAAGCGGUACUGAAACACUUUUGGACCAUCACAGACAUCAAUGGAUGGUUGGGCCGAGGCUCAAUGUUCGUGCUGUCCGCAGAGCAGGCACGCACGCUGCUGGGAGCGGCCAAGCGGGGCUCCAACAACGCGGGGUCGGUGGUGGAUAUCGGCGCUGGCGACGGGGAGGUCAGCCGCCGCUUCGCGCACCUCUACACCAACAAGUACGCGACGGAAAUAUCGGGCUGCAUGCGUAAGGCGCUCAGCAGUAAAGGCUUCACGAUACUCGACACCGAGGACUGGUGGCGGGAACAGCGCUUUGACUGCGUGUGCAUGUUGAACCUGCUAGACCGCUGUGCCAAGCCGCGUAGCAUGCUGCAGCAGGCCAAGGCUGCCAUCGCACCUGACGGAGUUCUACUGCUCGCCCUGGUUCUGCCGUACAAGCCAUAUGUAGAAGUUACAUCAGACCACAAACCCGAAGAGCGUCUCCCGAUACAAGGCGUCAACUUCGAGGAGCAAGUGGCAUCCUUCGUACAAAUUAUGCGGGAUGAAAUUGGGUUCGAGCUAGCCGCUUGGUCACGCGCACCCUACCUUUGUGAGGGGGAUUUCGCGCAGGCGUACUACUGGCUAGACGACUCUGUGUAUGUCUUCACACCCUCGCGCACUUGAAAAAUGGUCCUGAAAUUGAGAUUUUAUAUGGUCUGCGUUUUCAUUAAAGCAGAAACGAGCGGGGCAAUGAGGUGAUAGAUUUAUCACGCCAUCUCCCAAUACUCUGAUUGGUCCAAUCAUACUCACGUCUGGUGCGCUUAUUUCCGCUAAGUCGAAAACGCACCAUAACAAAUAAAUAAGGAUGCCUCACCACUCUGCAAAGCGGACUGGAGAUGUGCAGUUUUUUAUCCUGUCAUUUACUCCGAAUUAACGGAGUGGUCCUAUCCUACUAGUCUCCACUCCGCUCCGCUAAAUGGGAACGCACCCUAAAGAGCAAUUCGCAUUGAAGCAGUCUGUAUAAAUCAACUUUUGUUGGAGCUUCGAUACGCUUUGACUGUUCGACAAUGUCAAUCUACUUAUGGGAGUAUUCAACCAGAACAAAAAAUAUCGUUCUUACGUUUUAUAUGAAUGACUUUGUUAUUUUGACAGUUGAAAACCGGUGGCGACCUGUCAUCUGCAUAGAAAAAAUUCGAUACGUAUGCAACCGAGACUGUCAAGUGACGAGAUUAGUCAGAAUAAUUGCAGAAUUAAACAGCACGUGAAUAAAAAUUCACGUUCUAUGUUAAUGCUUCCUUAAUGACUGACUGUGGAUUACCCACCAACGAAGCUCGAUGUUUGUGUCCUUUUUGCACGUCCGUUUUACGACUACGUGCGCGCUUAACCUCAUUAUUGUCCAUGCGUACCAACGACUUAUAAAUUUAUAUCCAACAAUAUUAUUAUUAGUACUUUAAGUGAGGUAAAUUCCUCAUCGAUUCCUAGUACUUAAGUGGUACUUUUAAGCUCUUAUAAAUAUUAAAUGUGCUAAAAUAUUAUAAUAAAACUAUUAGGCUAAAAGAAAAGUAUAAAACGAAUCAUUCCAAAUUAAAAUUAAAAAACUAUUAAAUAGGCAGUAACUAAGUAUUUGUAUCGUCCCAAUAUCGGUUUUGAUCUAUCUUAGUAAGUACAUACAUAAGUACGUACAUAAGUAAUUGAUAAAAUGUAAGCGCAAGUUUUCUCUACCUCAUUUUUGAGACCACCGUUGCAUUUAAAAACUAGCAAUUUUAAUGAUGAACUGAAAUAUCUUACAAUAAAGACAACAUAUACAAUAUGUUGGAAAAAUUGGUGCAAAUUUUGUAAUUUAUACAUUUCAUAGUCCACGCAUUAUAUACAAGGCGUAUUUUGGCAGCGGACAGUUUGGUAAAAACUUAAUUUCAAAUAGAGUAGUUUAGAUAAAUAAAAUAAAGCUACUUAACUAGCGUAAAUUUUUAGGGCCGUUUAUGAAUUAAUGAAUGAAUGAAUACACUUUUAUCGUACACCAAAAAAAAAGAAGUUACAGAGAUAUCUCUCUGUGUGUAUAGAGCAAGAGAGUAAUUUGGUGGCCUUAUCGCUUAUAGUUUAUAUAAAAUGUUUAAAACUUUUUCUUAUAAAAAUAUUUCUUAAGAAGAGUAAUCAAAAUGGUAAAGAAAUAGCCUCAGAAAUAAAAAUGAAAACCAUGAUUUACUACAUUCAAAUAAAAAUGAAUACCAUGACUUACUACGUUUAUCUGUCUAAAGAAUCCCUUAAGGAAAAUAAAAAUUAUUAUUAUACUUAUUGCAGUUUACUUGAACCAUAUUGCUGUAUCUGUUAUUUAUAUGUGUUUUCACCUGACUGAGCCGGUGCCAAAAUAUCCUGUAUGUCUGAUAUAUUAUGCGUAAUUAUUGUUAUCAUGUAAUAUAGCAUCGAACAAAUCAUUUCCAAUUAUUUUUAUCUAAGUAUAAUUAUGGAGAUAUUUAUCUUUUUUAAAGUUUCAUAACGAAGUAGGUUUGUCUAGUGCGUGUCGUACGUAAAUUUGUAUCCAUUGUUUAUGUAACUAAAUGUUGAAAAUCGUACAUAGAUUGUAAGCCCAUUUUAGGAGCAUUUUAUACAUAAAAUUCAGUAUAAUCCCCACUGAUAUGCACGGCCUUUUUCUACGUUAGUUAAUGGGAUCGACCACUUAACAUGCUCUUCAAGGCCCCAUGCCUUGAAGAGCACGUAAAGUGGUCGUGUACGUCUUACCUCCGGUAGAUAUCAUACUGAUGAGAGAUUGCAAAAAAACCCAAUAUCUAAACAAUUUUCGCCAGACUCGGCGAUCGAACAUAUAUCUGCCAUCACAUAAGCUAACCAUUAGAAAAAAAGGCCGUUCUAGUACACACAAUUUACAAAAAAACGCUAGCAUGGUUUCCAGCAGCGAAACUUAUCCUAAACCUUUCCUGUGUAUUAUAAUGAUUUUUGUUUUUUUGUUGUAAUUUGUUACUACCAAUGCAAAAGGAUUAGUAAAAUAUUGUAUUUACUUAAUAUUUAUUUAUUUUUGUAAUAAAAAUUGUCAAUUUGUCAUUUGAUCUUUGGCUAUAUUUACGUAAUAGUAGACGUACUUUUG